AUGAACCCGGAAAAAGACCUCCCGUACAACCUCCGGAACAACCCUCAGGAAGACCACCCCGAGGAUCACCCCGAAGAAGACCACCCCGAGUCCCACCCAGAAGAGCCCCUCGAAGAACCACAACCCUCCAACGAACUCCUCGAACUCCUCGGCCUCAAAUCCCCCACCAAACCCCUCGGUCCCGCCACCCUCGCCGAGCAACACCUUAUAAACCUCCACCAAAAAGUGAAAGCGCUCGAGGAGAAUCAUUUGCAGUGGCCGGAAAGGCUUUUAGAGCUGAGAAGUAUAGACCGGGAGGGAGCGAGGGCGCUGGAGAAGUAUUUUGAGGAUCUGAUGAAGGAUUUCGGGAAGCUUCAGAGGUGGUUGGAGAAGUGUGUGGUGAAGCAGAGGAAAUUGACGGAGAAGAGGGAAGGGUGGAUGGGGGUAGGGCGGUGGAGGAAGCGGUGGAUGAAGCGGCUAAAGAGAAGGUGGAGGGUGGGGAGAUAG